CUGACUUCUCUGCCCGGCUGACUUCUUUGCCCCUCCUCUUGUUCAAAUGUCUAUGUUGAUAAGACAGACUGAACCCAUAGCCCUUCUGCACAUGCUCAGUUUAGUGUGUAUUGCUAGAAAGAGUGCACGUGAUCAGCACAGGGCCAAUCAGCACUGUCCAGACAGAGGUCAGGGGCUUUUCAUCCUCCUAAAGCAGAAAGAAAACUCCUCCUAUAAGCUUUACCAGUGCUUAGCUGAAGUCACAAGACUGCUCUAACUGCUGAUGAGAAAAAGGCAUUUAGCAGUUUAUAUUUACUAA